GUUACUACUGAGGCAGACGUGAGACCCCGUUCAAGGAGCCUCUGUUACCUUGGAAGCUGUAUAAGAAACGGCUAAUCAUCCAGCUUAAUCACUUGCAACCCUACUCGGGAUCAGACAAGAAUAUUCGCAACGACCAGCACCUACCUCUGAUCUAGCAUAAAUUACGCUGAAACUCAAGCUCGAGCUUGAAUCUCAACGAUGAGCUCCGUUCUCUCGCCGCCCCCUCCUAUCGGAGGAACCAGACGACGUGGGAACAAGUCUUCACGCCAUCGACGACUCCCUUCCACCACCGCCGCUGCUAUCCUCCCGAACAUUCCUGAAGCAGAAGCUAGCUCUAGCAACUCGAACUCUCUGGGAUCUCGAAGGGAAGAGGUACCGGAUCACCAGCUUGGAAGGGCUAACAAUAUCGCUACUCGCAAAGCUUCUGGUCGAUCCUCUGCGGCUCAACCUGCGACCAGGUCUUCCCCUGCGAGUAUGCCUUUACCUGGUCGGACCGGAUCUUAUCCUUCGGAACCUACUGAGGAUACAGACCUCGAUAUCGAUAAAAUCUUUCAGUCGGGUACCGGUCGAGCCAAAUCCAAACCUAAACCAUCAACUACCGCCUCCAAUUCGAAAUACUUCAACGUCAACGACAACCCCACUUCCACUUCCUUUACGAAUGUCCGUGGUAGCCACGAAAUUCAGGUUGAUACGAGUACCGAUUGGAAGGAUAACCAGCAGGAAGAUCAGAGUAGCGAGAAGCAGAGGGGAAAGAAGAGGCAGAGAGUCAGCAGUGAUGAGGAUAUCAAGCCUUCUAUCUCCGUCGCUGAGGUCAGGGAGAGCGGGAAAGGGAAGGGAAAGGCGAAAGCCUCGAACUCUACUUCGGCGGGACGGGCGACUAGAUCUGGUCAAGGUCAGACCAAUGCCUUCGCUGAUGACAAGCUUGACGUCAAGGCGGCAAAUGGGGAUGUCGAGCAGGAUCAAGAAGGACCGGCGGACGAGAAGGAUGUGAAGCGGGAGCUGAAGAAGCCUCAGAAAAAGAAGUCUAAAUCCAUCUCGCCCACCGGGACUAUUACCUCUCCUCUACCCAUCAACAAGCAUUCCACUCAACAAGAGGCUGUUCCACUCAGCGUCGUCGGCAAUGAAACUACCGCUACUGCCACUAGCUCCACUUCGACUACUACCACCAAUUCUAACUCUUCUUCGGUGCAGACCGCACGACAAUUGGCCGAACGAGCUCGAGUGAUGAAAGAUCGGGAAGAAUUGUCACAGAUUCGUAAAGAAAAGGAAGAGAUGGGGAAGAAAUUGGAGAAGGCCGAGAAGGAACGGGAUGAUGUGAAGAAGGAGGUGGUUGGGUCGAAGAAGGAGGUUGGGUUCAAAGACGAGGUUAUCAAGUCGCAAGAUAAGGUUCUUGACGAUAUCAAGGAGACGUUGACGUGUAACGUUUGUCUGGAAUUUUUCAGCGAUCCUCAUACGAUUGCGCCGUGUGGACAUACUUCCUGUGCUUCAUGCCUCUUGAACUGGUUCGAAUCGCCCAACUCGCUCGUCUACCCUGUCGAACGCGACCACGGCGAGGCCAGAGACGCGCUUCUCGGAAGGACCCGAGCAUGCCCGACUUGCCGAACUCCGGUCGUCGGGAAGCCCAUGUCUGCCUAUGUUCUGAACAACCUGAUCACUGCGGUCAAGCCUCGACUUCUGGAAGCGUCCGGGUCGUCAGGGUCUAUCGCCGCAAGACCUGCGCCAGCGGGUCAAGCUGUUGUAGACAGGACCGCCAUGUGGGACCAUAUCUUCGAAAACGACGGGGCUACCAACCGGAGGUGGCACAUUGACGAGGCAGAUGGAGGGAUCCCUCGGUGCAAUGAUUGUGGGAACGAGGUGGAAGAUCAGGAGUGCACCGGUUGCGGACGGUUCUUUAGUGAUCUAGACCCAGACGAGGAUAGAGACGAGGAGAGGUCAGAGGAUUCUGGUUAUGGCGGAGGCGACUGGCGACUAGGGAAUAUACGUAUUCCCGACAGGCCUUUCUACUUACCGGGCCAUGAUGCCAUGUCGGUCGAUAGCUUAGGAUCAGCCGAUUUGAACGAUUUCGACGCCAACUUGGAUGAUUACGAUCACGAUUUUGAGAACUUCAUCUCUGAGGACGAAGACUUGGACAGCUUCAUCGUGGAUGACGAAGAGAUGGACUCACCCGUAGUACCUAGGAGGAGAAUGAAUCGGUUCAUCGACAUCAACCGAAGCGAUGAAGAAUCGGAUACCGAUGAUCAAGAAAAUGACGAGGAGGUGUCCUCUUUCCGUAGCGCUCCUCGUCAACGUAGCGCUGCUCGUCAAUCCACUGCAAGGAGUCAGCCUCGCAGAUCCCAAAUCAUUAUCAGCGAUGAUGAGCAAGAUUCGGAGCAAGAACAACCUACUCGUCAUCCUAGUCCGCGUCCCCGCGGCGGCCCGAGCCGUCAUCGGGUCGUGGAGAGCGAUGAUGACGACGAAGUUCAGUACGUCGGUGCCUCGCAUGCCCCAGCUCGACAGGCGCACCCUGAGAUGCCUGGCCACCUUCGAAUCCCUGGCGGGUGGGGCGAAGCCGAUGUUCCGGAUGAAGAAGACGACCUUAGCAACAAUGGGAGCGAUGGGUACGGACACUACCGCAACGGGUACUAUGAGGAUUCGGAUGGGGAGAUCUGGAGCGGCGAUAACUACGGCGGUGAUGGGUAUCAAUCUGAAGAUCACUACGGGGACGGAUACGAUACUGGAGACGAAUAAUACUAAAGUGGCCGGUCGUCGAAGAAAGACCAGUAUCAUAUACACCUCUCGGCUAUACGGAACGACAUUUUCGCCGAUUGCGAUGGCGGUAGGAGUGCUUUUCAGAACACCUAUCUACGAGAUAACGAAUGUUGUAAUAAUGUCCUCGGGUCAAUUUGACUUUCAAAGCUCCUUAACGAAUGUAUCUAUGUACACGAUGUCAUAUUGCUAUCAGCUCUCCAUCGUAUAGAGUAGAUGAGGCCUUGACCAAUAAUACCAUGAACGGAG